GAUAUUUUCGACUAAACUUUCUACGUUCCCUUCCUAACCAGCCACAAUUCUUCCACUUUCCUCGCUCCAUUUCUCAAAUACUAGUUACUUUGAGAAAGACAAGAACGAAACGAUUUAAUUCUAAACCCAAAUAAUGCUCUAUACGAUAAUGGCUGUCGCCGAUAACUCAUCUCGCCAAUCUCUCAUCCCUAGCUUUCUCUACUCUCCUUCUAUAUCCUCCAAAAGACUAUUUGAUUUUGAUGUUCCGGUGAAUACUAACCAUGGCUUGUAUCAUUCAAUGUUCAACAUUUCUAAACCUUCGUCAUCCAACAACCAAUCGAGGACUUUCAUGAUUCCAGCACCGAAUGAGAAGAUCGAAAUGUUCUCGCCGGCUUACUAUGCCGCGUGUACCGCCGGUGGGAUUUUUAGCUGCGGCCUCACUCACAUGACUGUCACUCCUCUUGAUCUCGUCAAGUGCAAUAUGCAGAUUGACCCAUCUAAGUACAAGAGCAUCACAUCUGGAUUUGGGAUCUUGCUCAAGGAGCAGGGAGUUAAAGGUUUCUUCAGAGGAUGGGUGCCUACCCUGCUUGGUUACAGUGCACAGGGUGCUUGCAAAUUUGGAUUUUACGAAUUCUUUAAGAAGUAUUAUUCCGACAUUGCUGGGCCUGAAUAUGCAGCUAAGUACAAGACCUUGAUUUAUCUUGCUGGUUCUGCAUCAGCUGAAGUCAUUGCUGAUAUUGCUCUCUGCCCUAUGGAGGCAGUGAAAGUUCGAGUGCAAACUCAGCCUGGUUUCGCCCGAGGCUUGGCUGAUGGCUUGCCCAAGUUUAUCAGAUCUGAAGGCUAUGUUGGGUUAUACAAAGGGCUUGUUCCUCUCUGGGGACGUCAGAUUCCAUAUACAAUGAUGAAAUUUGCAUCAUUUGAGACCAUAGUUGUGUUGCUAUACAAGCAUGCUAUUCCAACACCAAAAGAGCAGUGCAGUAAAAGUUUGCAGCUCGGAGUCAGCUUUGCAGGUGGAUACAUUGCUGGUGUUUUCUGUGCCAUUGUCUCGCACCCUGCUGACAACUUGGUGUCUUUCCUCAAUAAUGCCCAAGGAGCAACCGCUGGAGAUGCUAUCAAGAAGCUAGGAUUGUGGGGCCUCUUUACCCGUGGCCUUCCUCUACGCAUUGUCAUGAUUGGAACCCUUACCGGAGCCCAAUGGGGUAUCUAUGAUGCUUUCAAAGUGUUUGUUGGGCUGCCAACUACUGGGGGCGUUUCUCCUCCACCUGCAGCUAAGGCUUGAACUUGGAGCUGCUGGGCAACGAAGAUAACCUUUUGUAGGAAUUUGAGUAAAUAAUAGCGAUUGGCUGAUGCCCAGCUCCCAUAAUAGCAUCAGAAGAAUUUCAUUAAUUUCUUUUAUAACAUUUUUGCUUGAUUCGUAAGAGGGUUUUGAUUUCGUCCUCUACUUUUGAUUAAAGACUUCUCCUGUGGCUUGACUCUGUUGA